CCCACAGGCGCACAUACGCAUAGACACAUUCGUCGCAUACGCAAAGCCAAUCUCCAUACCUCGAUAUCCAAGCACAAUUCAUCACAAGCGAGCUUUCACCACAAUGGCAGCUCGUAUGGCAUUCUCAUCGUUGCGACCUCUGGCUAGCUCAAGUCGUCAGCAGCUCCGUACCUCCUCCCUUCGCCCCUCAUCGGCGUUGCGAUGUCUCUCCACAGGUGCUGAGCCCUCGGCGGCCGUGUCCCCAGCCUCCAGCCCUGCCUCCCCACCCCCAGCUACUGGCUCUUCCCCCUCGGCGUCUACCUCAUCUUCUUCAAGCGCAGACCCCAAGCUGAGCAGUAUCGUGGAUCAGAUUGAGCAAUUGACUCUGCUGCAGGCCAGCGAGCUUGUUGCUCAGCUGAAGUCUCGUCUCAAUAUCCAAGAGAUCGCCAUGCCCUCUGGAGGCGGUGCAGCUCCCGCAGCAGCCGCCCCCGCCGCCGAAGCCGAGGAGGAGAAGCCCAAGGAGAAGACUGUCUUCACUCUCAAGCUCCAGGGUCUGAAGGACCCCACUGCAAAGGCAAAGGUUAUCAAGGAGGUAAAGGCUCUCAACUCGUCGAUGAACCUUGUAGAGGCAAAGAAGUUUGUAGAGAGCGCACCGCAGGUCUUGAAGGAAGGAUUGAACAAGGAGGAUGUGGAGAAGUUGAAGACGGCGAUUGAGGCAGCGGGAGGUGUCGUGGAGAUUGAGUAGACGAGACGGACGGACUUCUGGAUUUCAGCGAUGCGUUGUGGUCUCUUCCUGGGCGAAUGCUACACACUUUCACAGCUCAU